CUUUACCCUCCUCCACGAUGUUGUAGCAGUGGUACCAUGUGAAACCUGUGGCAAAGUCUGAUCCGCUUUUACAUCUCUCAAGGUGUCGUGUCCAGGUGGGGUGGUAACCAUGGAGAGGCUGUUGCUGUGUGUGAUGGUGGGAGUUGCCAUGGCAGUGCGGGCGCAGAUCUGCCCGAAGCGCUGCGUCUGUCAGAUCCUGUCGCCCAACCUGGCAACCCUCUGCGCCAAGAAAGGUCUGCUGUUCGUACCACCGAACAUCGACAAGCACACCGUGGAGCUGCGGCUGGCUGACAACUUUGUCACAAGUGUGAAGAGGAAAGAUUUUGCUAACAUGACACGGCUGGUGGACCUAACGUUAUCCAGAAACACCAUCUCCUUCAUCACGCCUCAAGCCUUUACCGAUUUAGAAAACCUCAGAGCGCUACACCUCAACAGCAACCGGCUGACGCGGAUCGACAAUGAUACAUUCAGCGGGAUGACGAAGCUACACCACCUGAUUCUGAACAACAACCAGCUGGUGCUGAUCCACCAGGGAGCAUUCAAUGACCUGCUGGCACUGGAAGAAUUGGACCUCAGUUACAACAACCUGGAGACUAUUCCUUGGGAGACCAUCCAGAGAAUGAUUAGCCUCCAUACGCUGAGUUUAGACCACAACAUGUUGGACUUCAUUCCCGAGGGAACUUUUUCCCUGCUACAGAAACUCAACCGGCUGGACGUCACCUCGAAUAAACUCCAGAAGCUGCCACCGGACCCCCUUUUUCAACGAGCACAGGUCCUGGCUACAUCAGGGAUCAUGACCUCCACUUCAUUUGCGUUGUCGUUCGGUGGGAACCCUCUCCACUGCAACUGUGAGUUACUGUGGCUGCGGAGGCUGUACAGGGAGGACGACCUGGAGACGUGCGCCUCGCCCCAACAGCUCUCCGGCCGCUACUUCUGGUCCGUCCCGGAGGAGGAGUUCCUCUGCGAACCUCCACUCAUCACCAGAUACUCUCAUGAGAUGAAGGUGCUUGAAGGGCAGAGAGUUACACUCAGGUGUAAGGCAAGAGGUGACCCAGAGCCGGCCAUCCACUGGAUCUCUCCUGAGGGCAAGCUGGUGUCUAACUCCUCCAGGACGUUGGUCUACACCAACGGUACUCUGGACAUCCUCAUCAGUACGGUGAAAGACACCGGCUCCUUCAACUGCAUCUCCUCCAACCCGGCCGGCGAAGCCCACCAAACAAUAGACCUGGUCAUCAUAAAACUCCCCCAUAUCUCCAACAACACCAACAACAUCCAGGAGCCCGACCCGGGUUCCUCGGACAUUUCCACGUCCACCCGAGGCGGCGCCAACGGGAGCAACGUGACGGGCGACGUGAAAGGCGGCGUGGAAAAGCGGGUGGUGUCUGCGGAGGCCACGUCCUCAACGGCGCUGAUAAAGUUCCACUUCCAGAGGACUAUUCCCGGCAUCCGGAUGUUCCAGAUACAGUACAACGGGAGCCAAGACGACUCGCUGGUCUACAGAAUGAUCCCGCCGUCGAGCAAGAACUUUCUGGUGAACAACUUGGCGGCGGGGACGCCGUACGACCUGUGCGUUCUGGCCAUCUACGACGACGUCAUCACCUCUCUGACGGCGACGCGCGUCGUCGGCUGCGUGCAGUUCACCACCGAGUCCGAGUACAUGCGGUGUCACUUCAUGCAGUCCCAGUUCCUCGGCGGCACCAUGAUCAUCAUCAUCGGAGGCAUAAUCGUGGCUUCGGUGCUCGUCUUCAUCAUCAUUCUGAUGAUACGGUACAAGGUGUGUAACCCUGGCGACGGCGGUAAAGGCGUUUUGCUGUCGAUGACCAACGUCCACUCACAGACCAACGGGCAGCAGUCCCAGGGAUGCACCGUGACGCCCAGCUCCUCCAAACACGGCUCGAUCGGCUUAGACGACUUCUCGGGGGGCGCGAAGAAGACGAGCGGCGGGGAAAUGUGUAAGGACACCAUAACCCAGUCGCCCGACUCGUCCCUGCCCGACUGCUCCACCACCACGUCGGUCCUCAGCCAGCCCUGGGGAGCCAGAAGCCCGACCGCCGGCGAGGAGAGAGCGCAGGCCGGCGUCUCGUCGCCCACCGGCGCUGCCGGCUCUCUGCCCAAGUCCAAGCGGAAGCCCGCUCCGGGUAAGCCGGGCGCGGCUUGCUCCAACGCCUCGGCCCUUACUGAAAACCUCCCGUCCUCCUCCUUGGCUCUCCUCCACCCCACCCCGCCGGAGAACCUCAACACCAACCUCAACAACUCCACCUCUCUCAACCAGAACCCGUACUCCUUCCCCCCGUCCCCUUUCUCCGGCCCUCUCGCCACCCUCAGCCCCGUGCCGACCACCCGGUUUCGAGAGACGCCGAUCCUGCGCAGGGCUCCCCGCGGCUCCGCCUCCGCCAAGUACCAGACACUCCCCGUGGAGGAGGCCGGGAGGAGCAGGGCGAGGAGGAGGUACUCGCUCAGCGAAGGAGGCUUAAAGACUCACUCGCCCCAUCAGGGAGCAGGAGGAGCGCCCAGAGUCGGGCGCUUAACGCGCAACAAGAGGAGCCAAUCGAUGAGCGGGAUCCUACUCCCGAAAGACGGGGACGGAGACUCAGAAAAAGGGCGGUGCGAUUCGGACUGGAUCUUAGAGAGCACGGUUUGAGCUGGAGGCGAGGGAGCUCCAUCAGAUCCACUUUGAGUCCUCCAUACCUGUGUGUCUUUUGUAUGAGUGCACGUGUGAGUUUUUCCGUGUGUUAUUUUAAAUUGCUCUAGAGGCGUGUGAGUGAUGGCUACAGCGUGUUUGUGCGUGUCGUUGACAUUUUGUAUGUGGGUUUUUUGGCGUGUACAGUUUGUAUGUAUGUGUGUGUGUGUGUGUUCAUGUCGGUAACCUGUGUUUAUAGACGCUUGAAAGGGUGAUUGUGUGUUUCUGGGUGAAAGCGUGAACAUAUAUAUUUUUUCCUUUCCAUUUUCAUAAUUUCCCCCCCCCCCUUGACUCUUUGUAUUCAGUUUACAGUUUUUAUUUUUCGCACCUGAACAGUUUCCUAUCUGGUUUUCAGUCAUGCGGCGAGUGGAUAAUAACUUUGCCUUGUCUCGUAGCGUUGAGUUGUCUUGUCGGUUCCACUUUAUAGCACAAAACAAGACAAUGGGCUCGCCACAUCAUCUCCCCCCCCGAUUCACAUUCACCUUAUCUGAAAAUACCACGAAAAAAGGGAAAUACUACAGAAAAUAAAUAUAUUUCAAAACCAUACAAGAACUGCAAAGCCCACCAUUCUCACACUCACACACCAACAGGAAGUGUGUGUGUGUUUGGUUUCGUACCGCAGCAGGAGAAUAGCAGUGGGUGCCUUCUUCUGCACUAACCGAACCUCAUUGCAGAUGACAUGAGA